GCUGGCUGUCCUGCAUGUCCAGAUGUCUUUAGUCACCGCCUUCCCUUGAGAUUCUGCAGACAGCAGUAAAGGUUAUCACAGGGAUGCUGUAGGAAUUCACAGCAACUCUUUAACAAGAGAGCUUCAUCUCGUGAUCUUCCUCGACUAUGAGCGGUGGUUUGAACCUGAAGACGAUGUCCCAGAGCAGCUCUGGUAUUCCUCUGCCGCGGAGCCUGACCAGCCUCUCCAAGCAGGACACCAAGGGCUUGAGCGGCACUUUACUGGGUCCUGCUGCCCAAAACCAGCUGGCUGUGCGAAUUUCCUCGCUUUCUUCCUCAACCUCAUCCAUAUCUUCUCAAUCGGUCUCAAAGGAGUUACUCAAAGAGACCGGAUCGAGAACUCAGUCCUCACAGAGAGCUCAAGGGACAUCUGGUGGCACAAACAGGCCGUCGUUUGCUCCCCGUUCGGCCCACAGCAGCCCGCAUGUGCCCAAACGAGAGAUGAUCCCAUUCAAAAACAACCUCCGGAGGGGCUUAUUGCCCCAGGAUGGAUUCAGAGACAUGGAGAGACACUCCAACAAGAACUGGAGAUCUGGCCAUCAUCACUUCAGGAGUCUAGACAAUGAGGUUGUUGAAUCUUCUAGAGAGCACCAGACGGGUCAAGGCCUUCGCAAGCCAACCAACGGGAACGUCAUUUGGGAAACGUCAGCUGGUGUUCAAAGGGACUGUCAGAAGCAGCGGAUGAAAAUGCUGGCUCGUGGUGAUGGUAACAGAGGAACAAUUGCAUCUAAAUCCCAGGUGAAUUUCUCAAUCGUGUGUCCUGCAGGAAGGGAGUCUCCACGCAUGGCGGCAGUGGCACCUUUCAGAUUCAGGCUGCAGGUUGGAGAAAAGACUGAAGCUUCUCUUGAGGAUCUGAGUGAUUGUUCCUCAGAUUCUAUGGACAUGUGCUGUGAGGAUUUGGAUCCCGAGUCUCAAAGGAAACGUACGGUUCAGAAUGUUCUGGAUCUCAGACAGAACCUGGAGGAAACCAUGUCCAGCCUGCGAGGGACUCAGCUCAGCCAGAGUUGUCUGGACAGCAGCGUCUGCUACGACAGUGAUGAAACCAACGCUCGUAGCAUCUCCAGCCUCUCCAACCGCUCCUCUCCUCUCUCCUGGCGCCACGGCCAGUCCAGUCCUCGUCUGCAAGCCGGCGACGCUCCUUCCUCAACGGGCAGCAGCUAUGUGUCGGGCAGCAAGGCCUCGUCUCAGUACACCUCUCACACCAUGCCUGCCCGCUGCUCCAGCCGGCUCAGCCACACGUCACGCAGCGAGUUCAUCGAAGGCCUGGACGCUGGAGACAGAGACCUCAAGUCUGGUUUCCUGAGUGAUUCUGAUGUACUUUGCAAGAGCCUUAAUGACGACGACGAUGACGACAAUCUGGCCAAUGGUUGGGACGCGAGCAGCUCCAUCAGCAGCGGUUUGAGUGAUGGUUCUGAUAACCUGAGCUCAGAGGAGCUCAACGCCAGCUCGUCUCUCAACUCCCUCCCCACCACACCUGUCGGCUCGCGACGCAACUCCUCCGCCAUGUUGCGGACGGAUGCAGAGAAGCGCUCUCUGGUGGAGAGUGGACUGGCGUGGUAUAGCGAGGACAGUAAGUCUUUACGGAAGGCUGAUGGAGUUUAUGACACGGGCAGCUUAAAAUCAGAGCCUUCCAGCAAGUGGAGGAAAACCCGGCUGCCGGAUGGUUCUCCGCAGGACAAGACGGGAAAAGGAGAAUUGAAGAAACCUCAGAGUUUCGGACAACCUGGGAGCUACAAAAAGGGCCGCAAUCCUCCUGUGGGCGUCACCUCACCCAUCACACACACUUCGCAAAGUGUGCUAAAAGUAGCAGUCCCUAAAGGAGACACUAAGGCAGUCGACAAGGUGAAAAUGUCCGUCAAGGCAACGGGUCUCCAGCGUUCCCGCUCCGACGCGGGCCGGGACAACGAGCACCGCAAGCCUCCCUCAGGUCUGGUUAAACCCUCCGCUGGCGGCUCCUUCGGUUACAAGAAACCGCCGACCACCGGAACGGCCACUUUCCUGACAGCAGGAGGCGCUACUAUCACGAGUGGCUCAGCCACUGUGGGCAAAACCCCCAAGUCCUCAGGCAUCCCCAUCAAACCCGUCCCAGGCGGAGGUGGGCGCAAAAACAGCCUGGACGCCAGCGGCUCCGAUCAGGGGUUCCUCACGCCCAGCGCUCGCGGGAGCAUUCAGUAUCGCAGUCUGCCGCGACCUGCCAAAUCCAGCACUAUGAGCUUGACCGGAUGCCCUUCCUCUCGUCCUGUUAGUGGCAGCAUCGACGCCAGUCUCCUCACCCUCAAACCUGUACCGCCUCUGUCCAACACCAUGCCCACCAGAGGAAGAGAAGGAGGCAGCUUGAAAGCGGCUAGUCGCCCGAGCACCACGGGACCCGUCAACCAAACGGACCGAGAGAAGGAGAAGGAAAGAGCCAAGGCCAAAGCCGACCUGGAGAUCAGCUAUCUGAAGGCCGAGAACCAGAGCGACAGCUGUGGAGAGACUGUGGAGAAGAUCCACCGAGUGCGGAGGACGAGCACGAGUAAAUACCCAGAACUGAGCUCUCCGACCAGCACGCCAAGGUAUGACCCUCUGCACAAAUUGAAUCCAGAGGCUGUGGGGCACCAUGACCUUCCUCCAAAGAUCCCUCCCUACUCCAAGCUGCAGGACCUGGCGUGCUCCCGCGUGUCCCCUCGACUCACCCCGAGCCCCGCGCCGGUGCUCCACAUCGACUCUCCCAGCUGUUUCUCAGGCCAGGCGCUGUCGGUCAGCAGCUCCCCCAUCCUCUACCCCAAGAUGUCCGGCCUGCACCGCAGCAUGGAGUCGCUGCCGCUUCAUAUGAGCGUCCCCGCCAAACCUGAUCUGGGACACCGGGAAGAAACCAGGAAUACUGGGACGUGGGGCACAGGCAGUCGGACGUCCAUCACUUUGGGCGACAGUUUACAAACUGAUAGGAACACUUUUCCCAAGAAAGGAUUAAGUCGCUGUGGCAGCGGCCAAUCAGAGGGAGAAGUGAGGGAACGCCGUCAUUCCCACACGAUCACCAGCAUGACGGAUUCAGAGAGCCCGCCGCAGCUGCCCUCACCGACACACGUGACACAGCCCUUCCUGGGAAAAACACUGCCGACCAACGUGGUGGCACCAAUCCCGAGUUCAGGCUCCGGUUCCCAGAUCACACGCUCCAACAGCAUCCCGGCGAAUGACAUGGGAUACGAGCUGUACGGCACGUCUCCUCUGGGCAGCUCUCUGUCAAAGAGCAUGAUGAGAUCUGGAUCCUUCAGAGAGCCGAGUGAGGAUGUUCAUGGAUCUGUGCUGUCUCUGGCCUCAAAUGCCUCAUCCAACUACUCGUCGACUGAAGAGAGAAUGCAAGGAGAGCAAAUCCGGAUACUGAGGCGUGAGCUGGAGUCGUCUCAGGAUAAAGUGACCAAUCUGACCAACCAACUCUCAGCAAAUGCUAACCUGGUGGCAGCGUUUGAGCAGAGUCUGGCCCUCAUGACGGCACGACUGCAGAGUCUGUCAGUCACUUCUGAGCAGAAGGAUUCUGAGCUAGUGGACCUAAGGGAAACCAUAGAAGUCCUAAAGACCAAGAACACAGAAGCCCAGUCCAUCACUCAAGGGGCCCUCAAUGUCCCCGACACCACACCCAAAGAGCUGCAGAUCGACCGGCAGAACUCGUCAGAGAGCAUCUCCAGUCUGAACAGCAUCACCAGUCACUCCAGCGCCGGCAGCCUGAAGGAACAGGAGGCCAAGAAGAAGAAGAAGAAGAGCUGGGUCUAUGAGUUGAGGAGCUCCUUCAACAAGGCCUUCAGUAAAAAGGGUUCCAAAGCACCAUACGCAGAUAUAGAGGAGAUCACAACCCCGGUCACAUCCGCCCCGUCUUCACCCAAAAUCAUCCACAAUGUGGAUAAUGCCUCCUCUAAGGCCUCGACUUCAACAUCAGGAUCGUGCGAGGGCCAUGAGGACACUGAGCACGAAGAGAAAGUGGUGUCAGAGUUACGCUCGGAACUAUGGGAGAAAGAGCGCAAGCUGACGGACAUCCGUUUGGAGGCGCUAAGCUCCGCCCAUCAGCUGGAGCAGCUGCAGGAGGCCAUGACCAACAUGCAGGAGUAUUUAGCGGUGGUGGACCCCGGCUCCAGUCUCGGUCUCUCUCAGGACUCCAUCUACAGCUACAGCCUAAGCCAUCUGAAGAGGGUUCUGGGAGCGCAGCCGCCUGAGACGCCUCCUGUGCGCCUCUACACCAAAGGCUCCUCCUGCAUCAGCGUGACUCUGAAAGGACUGAAGGAGAAGUGUGUGGAUGUUCUAGUGUUUGAGACGCUCAUCCCCAAGCCCAUGAUGCAGCAUUACAUCAGUCUGCUGCUCAAGCACCGGCGCUUGAUCUUAUCGGGCCCCAGCGGCACAGGGAAGACCUACCUCACCAACCGCCUCGCCGAGUACCUGGUGGAGCGCAGCGCUCGAGAGGUUACCCCCGCCAUCACCACCACCUUCAACAUGCACCGCCAGUCCUGCAAGGACCUUCAGCUCUAUCUGGCCGAUCUGGCCAAUCAGAUCGAUCGGGAGAGCAGCACAGCUGAGAUCCCAUUGGUUGUCAUCUUGGAUGAUGUGCAUGAUGCAACAUCCCUCAGUGAACUUGUUAAUGGUGCUUUAACCUGUAAAUAUCAUAAGUGUCCAUAUAUAAUAGGGACAACCAAUCAGCCAGUGAAGAUGACCCCUAACCAUGGCCUACACCUCAGCUUCAGGAUGGUGAUGUUUUCCAAUAACGUCGAGCCAGCAAACGGGUUCCUGGUACGUUACCUGCACAGAAAACUAAUGGAGGCCGAGGAUCCCCGGAGCUUGAAGAAUGAAGAUCUGCUGCGGGUGCUGGACUGGGUUCCCAGACUCUGGUACCACCUCCACACCUUCCUGGAGAAACACGGCACCUCUGAUUUCCUCAUUGGUCCCUGCUUCUUCCUGUCCUGUCCAGUUACGGUAGAGGAAUUCCGCACGUGGUUUAUAGAUCUCUGGAAUCUCUCAAUCAUCCCAUACCUGCAGGAAGGAGCCAAAGAUGGCAUUAAGGUUCACGGGCAGAAGUCGGUGUGGGAGGAUCCGGUGGAGUGGGUCAGAGGAUCUCUGCCCUGGCCAUCUGCUCAGCAAGACCAGGCCAAACUCUUUCACCUGCCUCCCCCGAGCACGGGCCCCGGCAGCCCCAGCCAGCCAGGAGACGAUCGGCCACAUAAGGAGACGCCGCCCAGCUCCGUCGAGUCAGAUCCACUGAUGGCUAUGCUGUUAAAACUACAAGAGGCUGCCAAUCACAUUGAAUCACCGGAGAAAGAAACAGAUCCAAAACUCCCUCCUCUCUGAACAUCCGACUGACGUUCCCAUCAUCUCCUCCAUCUCUCCUGCCGCCCAUGUGGAGGUCCAAACUCCAACAGCUGCCCAACACCUGCAGAUGACACCGUACUGUUACUAUAAAUGCUGUUAGAGCAUUUCACCCACUCAUUUAUUAUAUCAUCCAUCCCACCUUUUUCAUUUCAGUCAAAUGUCCCUUACAGUAAAGUACUGUGGUGGUACCGUGGUUCAGUGAUGCUAUCAGAUGGUAAUACCGUGGUGCUUUCUCAUAUGGGGGAGUUGACUUGCUCUGCAAUAUGACAUGCUAAACGAUCAUUUUAAAAAGCAUUUUGCUUUUUUAAAGUUAUUAUGCAUGCAGCAUGCAUAAUAAUGAGCUCCUACAAAUCGGAAGACUACAUGGAGUAUUUAUACUAUAUGGAAUAUUUGUUCUAAAAUCAGACCAGGACCUUUAAAAUGAUCUAGUGAUGGCAAAAAUAGUGGUUAAAAUGGUAGAAAAUUUUCAGAAAGAAAUGGAGACCCGUUACAGCACCUAAAUCUACUGUACACUUUUCCAUAUGCAUUUAUUUAAGGCAGAAUAGUUUAAAUAUUGGUGGUGAUCCAUAAAACUAUCCAUAAACCAUGGUGCUGAGUACAUAAUAAGGUAUUGUCAUGUUAGUGACCAAACCAUGGUAAUACCACCACAGCCGGUUUAUCCAUGGUAAAUUUUUGUUUUUACCAUGGUACUUUUAUGUAAGGGCUUGCAAAAACAAUUAACUCAUUCUCCUAAAAAAAAAACAAUGACGAAAAUUAUCCUUUUAUAGCACUUCUAACUGCAUAUUUCUGUUUAUGGACACUUUAGUACGUAUGUAAUUCUCUUUGUGGGAACCUUUACUGUUCCACUGCUGCCCGUAUUAACAACUCAACGAUGCAGGUGCUAAAAUCACUAGUGUGCACACGUGACUUCAUCUAGUGGCCAUGAAUAAGAGCCAACAUGGGAGAUAUUGGGAAAUAUGUCUCACUUAAUAAUGUAACACUUAAGCCUAUGCUACAGGCCACUUUAGCCUAUGCUGCUUUUUGUACGUUUCAUUUCUUUCACGUUUGAAUAUGGCCACAGCAUGAGCUAGUUUAACCCCAGAAACACUUAUGCAGACUGCAUUACAGCUUUUCUUCCUCUUUCUAACACAGUGAAUGCCUUAUAACAGAUUCUAAGUGUGCUAUCAUGUUCCCUCCUCACUCUGUAGGGGGCAGGGUUGAGCAAAGAUCAGAAAUGAAUAGGCACCUUGCAAUUUUUGAGUGUGAAUCUGAAUUAGAUUGGCAACAAACAGGAUGUUGGAUAGGAUUUUGAUUUAAAAUGAAAGUGAGGGGAAAUUACUGAAUUGCAAUUCAGUCAUGCAGUCUUUGAAUUUCAUUCCAUUUUAAUUCUAAUUCCUUACAUUUAAAUUGAAAGUAUGGUUCUGCAUCCUGUUUCAAAAUGUGCUUGACCCUGAUAAGGGGAAGCGUUCUCAAAACUGAAGCUUGUGUUCCCUCAAAAGUUCCCACAGUUCACAAAAGCACCUCAGUAACUCGCUGUAAAAAACGGCGGACCAAACAGACCAUUUUGUGCACUUUGAUUUACUGUAAUGAUACUGUAGAGAUGUUUUACUUGGCUUUGACACUGAUCUCAGCUCAGGGGUUUGGUUAUCUCAGGCCUCUAAUUAGAUUCAAUACAGCUACUUUCUCAGUUACUGCUCUCUUUGUAGCCAAUGGU